CUUGAGUGAAUUAGACUCGAGUAACAAUAUUUUUACCCCCGGAGUUACACACAAUGUUUUUCAUCACACUUUCGAAGAAAAAACUAAAUUUUAAGCGAAUUAAUUUCUAAAUACGGUGACAUUUCAUUCGUCCGCCGUAUUGACAUUUUUUAACUGGUUAGGCAAGGCGCAGACCUCUCGGACGUUCAGCCGCAAUUGAAAAUUGUGUAUAAUAUUUCAAACGCCUAUUAUUAAUCAAAUUAAAUAUUUAUUUUUAUACAUGAACAAAAAUACUAAAUUAUAAACGUUAAUAUUUUAUCCGUAAAACUCAUUUAUACUUAGUUAAUUCGUAUGAAUUAGUUACAAAAACAACAGUGUCUUCGUUAAAUCUUUGAAUACAUAGUUUAUAAUGUUUUGCAUCAAACACCAAAAUAAGUAGUGUACCUACUCACUCAAUUCAAUCACUACUACCUGUCAAUUCAGCUGCAAUGGAGCUAACUUAGUACCUCAAAAAUGAUCCCACCUCAUUAGAAUGAGCUUCUGUCGAUUUUUAAGUAAUUGAUAUGGAAAAUGUAUACGAGGUAUGUUGUUUUUCUGUAUAUGUAUUCCCAUAAAUUUGAUUUUAUGUAAUAAAAAAAUUCCACCGCUAUCACAUAAAUAGGGCAACAUUCAAAAUCGUUCAAAUUUUGCUGUCUGUUACUACGGUAUUCGAUAAAAUCCCGUAAACGGUACACAGGAAAAAUUAACGCCGUAUGAACCUAGCCUUAAAUGGUCAAUCCCAAUUGUCAAUAAUAAAAAUGUUUUAUUUUUUUAGUUUAUUAGGGUUUUCUGAAUGUAUCCUAAGACCUCAAAAGUUAAAAAAAAAUUAAACGUACAGAUAAAAUAAUACUAAAGCACUAAAUUCAAACUUAUUUCACAGUGAACCUGUCGGUGGCCGACGCGAUGGUGUCCACCCUGAACGUGACCUUCAACUUCACGUACAUGCUGCACUCUGAUUGGCCAUUCGGAGACUUCUACUGCAAGUUCUGUCAGUUCAUCGCCGUGCUCAGCAUAUCUGCCUCAGUGUUCACAUUAAUGGCGAUUAGUAUAGACAGAUACGUGGCUAUCAUCAGCCCACUCCGCCCACGAUUGGGCAAGCGGGCAACGCUGGGCAUUGCUGCUGCCAUCUGGGCGGGCAGUUCUCUAAUUAGCAGUCCCAACCUCGUGUACUUCACCACGGAUACGGUUGACCUACCGGAUGGGACUAGAAGACGCGUAUGCUUCGCGAAAUGGCCAGACUACAACAUAGCUCCUGUUUCACUAUAUGACUACUAUUACAACGUAGCGUACAUGAUCCUGACGUACUUCGUGCCGAUCAUAUCGAUGAUGUACACGUACGCGCGGGUCGGCAUCGAGCUGUGGGGCUCCAAGUCCAUCGGCGAGUGCACACAGGCGCAGCUGGAGAGCGUCAAGAGCAAACGACGGGUAGUAAAGAUGAUGAUAGUAGUAGUGCUGAUCUUUGCUGUGUGCUGGCUCCCGUUCCACGUGUACUUCGUGGUGACGGCAUACUACCCGGAGCUGACCAACCAGGAGUAUAUCCAGGAGGUGUACCUCGGCAUCUAUUGGUUAGCGAUGAGCAACUCCAUGUUCAACCCUAUGAUAUACUGCUGCAUGAAUUCAAAAUUCCGUAGAGGUUUCAAGCAGUUCUUCCGUUGCUACCGCACGCUGGGCCCGGGCGGGCUGCGCAGGCACCGCGCCUUCGGCACGGACCGGCUCGAGCGCUCCGGUCACAGCCUCUCGCCUAGCAGGAAAAACGGUACAAGAUGGCCUAGAUUCUUCAAGGCACCACCAACAAAAACGACCAAAUUCUCUACAAAACCGCCAGGGUCCCCUCAUUUGCUGCAUGCAAACAAAAUACACAAGUACGAUCAGAAUGUCGAUGCACAGCACGUACAACAAUACAAUGGUGAUGUCCACCUGACAAAGGCGCCGCGCGUCAGCCGCGCCCGGCGAGCGAGCGACGACUGAAGUCGAACGCACGUGGAUAUGACGCGCCCACCCCCCGCGACCUUACCUCACCCCGCAAGAUCUCUACGCUUAAACUGAUUGGUCGAUCAAACGUAGUGACGGUUGGCUUUUAAAAUGUAAAUGAAUGUGCAAUGUAAAGUUUGUCAUAACUCAUAAGGCAGAUUCCUGCUUUUUGCAGUUCUCAGUAUGUGUCUGUUGUAUUUUAAGUUCCUUUUGUCGCAAAAGAGCUAUUGAAUUUAUUGCCAAUUUAUAUAACUUAACGUUGUUUACUUACUAGAUUCAAAAUUAUUACGGUUUGAUACUAAUAUAACAAUCAAAAAAUAAGAAAAUGUUUUAGAUAAUGGUACCUAUAUAAAAUUAUAUAAAUUACAACGGG